UCCUUAGAGAUAAUGUGUAAAUAUAUUAGAAAUUUAAUAUAAGUAGCGUUCAAAUAAUACAAUACUUCAGUUAUUUAAAGAGAAAAGAUUCGUUCAACCAGGACAAUAUGUCACUAAUAUUUUGUGUAUUGGGAUAUUCAUAUUUGUGUUAUCACCACUGAGAAAUUAAAAAAUGAUCAGCUAAUUCGAUAUUUGUCUUGAUUAAAUUAAUCUGGUCAAGUAAUGGGCUGUAAGAACAGCACCUCCACAAAAGUAGAACCUUUUAAUCAAACAAGAGAGAACGGUGUUAUACCUACCUCACAGCAAAACGGACACAUUCCCUCCAAAAUAUUGGACACACCUAGAGAGACAUUGGGUCAACUACCUCAUCAGAAGGAUACGUACGCUAAUAAUGCUGUUAACGAUACUAGGAUACUAGAGAAUCAAACUGAGGAGACUCAGAAAACGGCAGAACAUGCGGAGGAGGAACCAGAUGAAACAACCGUACAGCCGAUCUCACUAAAUCAAGAUACCGUAACGUCAGGAGAACAUCCGAACGAGACAGGAACAAAAUUCGAGAAUCAGAGCGAAACAGGAACGCCUCGUGAUCUGACAGCAAGAUCAUCCGGUGAUCAGAGUCAGCGCUCUACAAGCAGGGAACCCGUUGUAGUCCCUACAAUGUCAAUGGCAGAGGAAGAUCUAUUACGGACUAAUUAUACGAUUAAGGACAUCUCGAUUCAUAAUGAGUCAAAAGGAUUUAUAGAUAUAUUUCCUCUUGGAGAAAAUGUGUACUCGACUGCCAAAUUCAAGGACGCCAUGAAAAAUGUGGUAAUACAGAAAUACGAGAAAUUUAAAGAGGAGGAAAAGAAAGUUGAUGAUUAUGACUAUCAAGAAGAUUUUUAUAAAAACUGGAAGAGCUCUCCAAUCUUUUUAGUUUUAUACAGAUAUACAAAAAUGUUUUUAAGAUUUUCAGACAUUAAAGCUGAGCUACCGGCGUGUAAAGUGGCGAACGUUGUCGACAACGAUGAAUUAACUAAGGAUAUAAUUAAAGAUUCCACUACAAUUCUAGACGAUUUAAAAGGCGAUUCAAAAAUAACCGAAUACAAAAAGGAAUACCGAGACUUAUUACAAAGAUUCUUAGAUAUUUGUAAAAAAUUAACAACUGGAGACGAUAGUUUCAACGAUUCACACGGACCUAAUGGACGUCUGUCAAAUAUGACAGGACAGGACCCGAAUACAAUAGAAUUUCCUAUACCAGACACAAUACAAGCUGACUUGACAGUUCUACGCAAAUGGACAGAAAAAUGGCAACCUUUCGAUACGGACGUGCCAACAGAAGGGGCAUGGGCAAUACUUCCGGACAAAGUUGUAAAUGCACUAACAGAUCUUAUAGAACUUCAAGACUUUUGUCGAAUAUCUUCGGACGGACUCCCGGAUUUUGACUUUACGAUCGAGGGAGAAGUAGCUUGGCCCGUGAUUGAACUUGACAUUGUGAAAAACGAUACGACAACCGAAGAACAGGAAAAAGUGUGGCGGUCUCGUGAAUAUCGGACAGAUCUAAAUGAUCCUAUGUUUUUAUUGAGUAGGCAAACUAGACUUGAAAUGUAUUUUAUUAACAAGUAUGAAUGGGAUAGUUCGAAAUUAGAUCCAUAUCGAGGAUUUACAACAACACUUCAGAGAGGAUGGAAAGAAUUCCAGGCUCUUGCUGAAACAGAGGAAUUUACGGUUAUACCAGAGGACGAGUAUUAAAAUAUUUGAAAAAUG